UGCACUGAUAUCGGCACAUGUCUCUCAACAUGGAUGUACCAGGCACAGGACAGAUGGCCGUCGACGACUUGUUUCCCAAUACAACCCGGUUGUUUGGUUCCGCAAACAUACCCACCAAUCGCGUUGGCUGCUUCCUUUGUCCCAGCCCAUGCUCCAAACAAGGGCGCACCACGGGUCCCUUGGAUGUUUCCGCUGUCACUCGACCGACUGGCAGGCAUCCUUGACUAAGCCUUUGUACCGUUGGUAGUCUAUCAGCUGUUGUGCGAUCUCAUGAGCCGUUUGGCCAUGGAUGGAUGUCCGCCAACGGCGAACUUUGCAGACGGACAGAUCCCCGGGGCGCUGGGCUUCUCUGCGUCGACUGGCCGCUCUCAUCAAUGGCAUCCCUGGCGCCUCGGCCGAUUUCUUGCCACUUGGUCGGAUCACGAGGAUCUGUUCCUCGGAAGCUUGCAUUGCUACAUGCAGGUGCGGGUUUGGACGCAUCUACGACUGGUGUCUCGGUGCAGGCACAUGCAGGCAGAGCCGGUCCCAUGUCGUGACGUCUCUACAGGGAAGCGCAACUCCGGAAAGGGCCGCAUCAGGCUCUAUAAAGGCGGCGGGA